CAUCCGCCAGCCAGCUCCGAGGCUAACCUCACCUCCCUGGCGCCCGGCCAGCCCGCCUGGGCCCGGCCAUGCGGGGAGAAGCCGCGGCUCCGCCCGCCGGGGAGGCUGCACCCCGGCUUGGGGCUGGCUGUACCCCGAGCCGGCGAUGGGGCGCAGGCUCCGGCUGCAUCCCAGCUUGCGGCUUGGUCGGGGACGGGUUGGAGCGAAACUCGGGGCUGGGGCUGCUGCACCCCACUUGGGGCUGGGGCAGGAGUUGCCGCACCCCAGCGAGAGCAGGGGCCGGAGCUGGCCGCGUCCCCGGGACGGGGCGCGGGGGAGAGCGCGGUGUCCUCGCUGUGAGCGGCGGGGUGGGGUUUUCGCCCGGGGACCGCAGACCAGCCAGGAGCUCCGCAGGCCAAGCACUCCUGUGACAAUGGAUUCCCACCUAUCCCAGGGGCCUGCACUAGAAAACGGAUGGACUUCUUCCCUGCUCCGCUCAUGCAUGGUGAGGAGAGAAACCCUGCAAUGUGUCUAUGAGACGCAAAGGGAUGCACGUGAAGGAGCGCACAGGGCAGGAACAAUCUCCUUCUGUGCAUACAGAGCGCCCAGCACACUAAAGCGACUGCCAGGUAACGCAAUACUCGCGAAGCCGGAAAGAGAGCAGCAACGAGAGACCGAGAGGAAACACGCUGCUGCUGUGCAAAAUGUGGACCAUGUGUGGGAACUAUUUACUCAGAGUGCAACUGCAGGCACCAGGCGAGGGGCUGGCAGAGCUGGGGGGCGGUGGAGAGAGGCUACGUCUCUCUCGCACUUCCACCCCCCCCCCCCGUCUUCCCUAAAGCCAAACCACAUCGCUGUGUGUGUAACGGUGCGUUUUACUGACUCCUCGCUGGGCGCGUGUGGGUUGGGGUUGGUUUUUUUUUUUCCCUCAGUCCAAGGCUUUCGCGAUCUGCUUUUGUGCUCACCCACCUCAAGCCUCCGUGGGCAAAGGGUUAAAUCUUCGGAGCCCUGCAAGGAAGCAGCUGAGUUUCAACAAAACAAAACAAAAAAAAGGGGUGAGAAGAAAGGAGUGGGAGCGUGAAGAAGCGGGCAGAGAGGGCUGCACUGUCCCCUGAUCGUCCCUUUGGCUGCUGUAGAAUAAUAAAAAUAAUAACAAUA